CUAGUAGUAAACAUUCGGGUGUCGUAUCAUUUGGUAAAACCUUUUUUUGGCUUAAAAGACACAAAAGGGCCUCAAGUGCUCCAGAGUUAGCGAAAGAGGACCAAAUCAUAUCAUCUGCGCGUUCAUCCACUUCUGAGAUACCGAACUCUGUUAUAUCAUUGCCAAUGGGAAUGCAAUUGUCUAAAAAUGAAUCCAAACCCAAAGGUCUUCGAAGAAUAUUUAGCCGACCAAAGAGGAGUCCGUCGUCGUCUUCUGGCUUAUCCGACAACGCUUUUACUCGCGGUGGCUAUCGAUCGACAACUGGUCCACGACUUGGAUAUUCUCCAAGUGUUAAGAAAACCAUUAAUAUAAAUUUGCCGUUUUCUCGAUGGGACACAAAUCUAGUCGCUGAUUGGUUUGCGAUCAUAGGUCUGGGCAUGUAUUCGGCCGAUUGUAAGCGUUGGUGCAAAAAUGGCGAACACCUGAUGCGGGCCACCGAUCAGGAGGUGGAGAAAGAGUUGGGCGUUAGGAAUGCAUUGCAUCGAAAGAAACUCCGUUUAGCCGUCUCUGCCAUGAAU